AUGGGCAACACAAAUUCAACUCUGCUCAAUAGGGAGGAGGCAGAAAAGGCUCUCUUUGGAGACGUCACUGCCCCUCCGACUACAACCAUCAACCCGACACUAAAGACGCCCCCUUCACCCGCUCUUUCUGUCGAACAACGAUACGACUUCAACAACCGACUGACGCAACUGCAACAGCUGAUCGAGUCCGACACCGCGCCCGCUUCGCUCAAAAAGGUGCCCCACCUCACCAAGGACCAACAGCGUAUCCUGCUGCGAAAAUACAUGCAUCGAGAGAUCUUCACCGUCCAUCAGGGCCCUGCAGAUCUCCCCUCAAAUCCCCACGACGUCACCUUCAAGGAGACCUACCUGGUUCACCGAGAUUACAAACAACGAUCUAAAAGCGCUCAUGUACCUCGUUCGGAACCAGCCAUUCGGUCUCCUGUUGAAGAAGAUGACAUUCAAAUUAUUUGUGAACGACGCCUAGAACGUCCUGGAAGUGACUCCCUCAGUGAAGCUUCCUUCACCUCCGCCUGCUCGGAGAAUGCAUACUCUGAACGAGACUUUGAGCCUCCGCUUAGUCCACAGAGAUCUCCUGACAAGCUGGACGUCAGGCCCAUGAGACGAGGUUCCACCCCAAUCCCCGAGGCUCUUUUGCUGGGACAAGGACGAGGCCAUACCCAGAGCCCCAUUCACACUCAGCAGCAUCACGAUCACGUGGCUCAUCUUCAACAUCAUGAACUGCACGUUCAUCAGCACUCAAGAGGAUCGUCUGCCGCUUCUGGAGAUAGUCUGAAUGUUCCCAAGCAGCGAGGACGAAAACAGAAGCGGUCCUCUGACCCCAAACCGGAUCUCAGGCCCCGAUCAAAGUCCGAUGGACACGCUCUGGCAGCAUCCAUGGUCAGACUCACACCCGACGAACACCUACUUGCAUACCCGUCUCGAGAAGCGUCACCCGACCGAUUUGACGGCACUUGGGGCUCCCCUGUUCCCCAGCAGCAUGCUCAAUUCCCUCACGAGCCUCAUCAUCAUUCGCAUUUGGCUCAUGAGAUUCCCAUUCUGCCCCCUCCCAUGGAGUUUGAGCGGUCUAGAGCACGAGCCAAGGAACUCAAGCAGAAGCAGACAGACGAGUUUGUCCAGGAGAGUAACAACGAGCCCUCUGAGUCUCUUCCAAUGUCCAAGACCAUGCCCACCAUUACUCUUCCCUCCAUGCCCUCUUUGCCUACAAGCAUGAGUCUUCCCAAACGACACUCUAUGCCUGUGCAGGCUCCCAAAGCUACAGCUUCGGACAUUUUUGAGAUUCCAGCCGUGCCCACUACUCCUGCCAAAGAAAAGUCAGAGAAGUUGUCGCUCUUCAAACGUCUGGCUCAUCGACGUCGUUCCAUGACCGAAAAGGCUCCCCCGCCCCUCUUAGUCGACGAAAAAGAUCUGGAUCUGACUCUCACGAUCCCUGCCAUUCCCAUUUCCGCCCGUAAGAUGACCUCCGAGCCUGAAGACUCGCCCCUGGUAGCCAACAGACUAUCGUCUAUCACUCGUCCCAAGACCCGGCCGGCAGCUCAGCCCAGAGCCAAGAGCAUGUAUGUCCCUCGAGAGACGCCGGUCGAGUCUCCUGAUGGAGCUUACCCGUUCCAAGCUCGUGGUAAUGAGAUGUCCAAGCACAUCAACGACCUCUCCAACGCGCCCUGGAGUCUCUCUAAUGUUCCCCAGCUGUCUCCCGAGCGAUUUGUGCAGAAGCGAACUGACACUGCUGGCAGUUUUGGUUCCAUGGAGGAACUCAAGCGGACGAACACUGUCACCAACGGUGGUCACAUUCUGGACGCUGGUAUCCCUCCCAAAGUGCCUACUCAUAGAUCCCUGACCAUCAUGUCUCAGAGCAGUGGCACUUCUUCCGAUGACUAUUUUAGCGUUGGUUCACGGUCUCCUGAACUUUCUUAUUCUUCGGUUAUCGCUCACUCUCAGCAGCAGCAAGGAGGAUCCUCUACUCCUUCCCCUCCUCACUCUACGGACAUUUACACUCGAAAGUGCUCGUACCGACGGCCCAAGCUUCAGACUCGAAAGACGGAGCCGGCUCCGAUCACCGUGUCUACAGUGGCAGAGGUCGAAACGCCACCUGUAUCACCUGAAGACGAUGCUUCGUACGAGCAGGAGAUUGAGGAGGAGAUUGCCGCACGACAGUUCAUGCUGUGUGGCUACAAGAAGUCGUCAACCAAGCUGCAGGUUGUUAACUGGCAGAAGGACGCGUUCAUGAAUUCUUCCACCACUCUCGGUGACCUUUCCCACACAGGAACAGACAAUUCCCCCCCUUCUGUGCCUCCUCCCAUGCCCUUCAUGAUGCAAAACAAGCAGCGUCAGACUCCCCGAAAGUACCACAAGAAGGGUGGCUCAGAUGCCUUCUCUUUUGAAGAGGAGUUUGCACAGGAACAAAAAGAACAGAAAAAAGAGCAGCCUCGGCUUCCUGAGCCUCAGGUAUCUGCUGCUCAACAGACUUACCUCGAUCUGAUCAACAAUGAUGACAUGUGGGACGAUCAGGGUAACGAUUAUUUCAAUUUCUGCAAUUAG